CAGUACGACACAUGGACACUGCAGUUCGACCGACAGACUAGUAAGUUGUAAUCCUGCUUUCUCUCAAGACUCCCGAGAAGAUUAGUAAGUUGUAAGUGCGGUUAAUGUUCUUGAGAUCUUGAGAGGGAAUUGAAAGGAAUGGGCAUGUCUUUCCUCUCCACCGUCCCCUCUAUUGUUCCUGUUGUUCCAGUCCCAUAUGUUACUGCACCUAGAUUUACCACUUAUUCGAGUGGUAUUCGUUGUCAUAAAACUGAAACCCAUGUUAGCGGUGAGGAUGGUUUCGGCAGACGAGAUGUUCUAAGAAGCUUUGGUGCUACGAUUGGCAUGGGAUUAAUAGUAAGCUCGGGUUCCUUCGUUGAUAUGGCUAGUGCAGCUGAUUUGAUACAACUCAGACAGCGCUCGGAAUUUCUUUCAAGUGUUAAGCAGACCAUUUAUAAAGCUAUAAAGGGAAAUCCGGAUGUAAUCCCGUCGAUACUAACAUUGGCGUUGAAUGAUGCUAUGACUUAUGACAAGGCUACAAAAUCUGGUGGCCCAAAUGGAUCCAUACGGUUCAGGUCAGAGAUAAGCAGACCUGAAAAUAAGAGCCUCGCUGCUGCAAUGAGUUUGUUGGAGGAAGCAAAGAAGGAGAUAGAUUCAUAUUCCAAGGGCGGACCCAUUUCCUAUGCAGAUUUAAUUCAAUAUGCAGCCCAAAGCGCUAUUAAGGCUACGUUUCUAGCAUCUGCCAUCCGCAAAUGUGGUGGGAAUGAAGAGAAAGGGAAUUUGUUAUACAGUGCUUAUGGCUCAAAUGGCCAGUGGGGCUUGUUUGAUAAGCAAUUCGGAAGGGCAGAUACACAGCAGCCAGAUCCAGAGGGAAGGAUUCCUCAAUGGGAGAAAGCAAGUGUCCAGGAAAUGAAAGACAAGUUCUCAGCUGUUGGUUUUGGCCCUCGCCAGCUAGCUGUUAUGUCUGCAUUCUUGGGUCCUGAUCAAAUUGCAACAGAGACCUUAUUAGCCACUGAUCCAGAUGUUACUCGAUGGGUUGAGAAAUACCAACGUAGCAGAGAGACUGUUUCUCAGACCGAUUACGAGGUGGAUCUUAUCACCACUCUGACAAAAUUAAGCACAUUGGGCCAGCAAAUAAAUUACGAGGCAUACACAUAUCCUCGACAGAAAAUUGAGUUUAGCAAACUCAAAUUAUAGGAGCUUGCAGCAUGUAGCUUAGCGACUUGGGAAGAAAGAGAAUUCGCACCGUCGUCCUCGGCAAGUAAUGUUUUAGCAAGUUUCACAACUGAAACAAGAAAUGUGUUUCUAUGAACAUUAUUAAAUUCAAAGCUAUGCGUGUUACCAAUCA